CACGGCUAAAUGCGCCGCGGCAAGGCACACCACGACUACGAUAUACGAAAUCCUAAUCCAGCGACUCAGUCUCCGUGCUAUGAAUUCUUGUCGUGGUGCUGUGAUAAAACAUUUGUGACUCGGCGACAUUCUUUUGUUUUCGUUCUGUGCCCCGCUCCUGUUUUCUGGAUAUUGUCGCGACAAUUUAAUUGUCAAAGCAAACGGAUCGCGUACCUGUCGGCCGCGACUGCUGCUACCAGCGACGCGAUCUAACGUCGGC